UUUAGUCGCGUUGGUCUGCCUCCUGGACGUUGUCUCGGGAGGACGAGAGGCGUCAGAUGAGCCCAUCGGACCUCAAAGCAGUCGACACCACAGAAGCGACGACGACGACGAAUCGUCGACAAUCAGAGAGAACGAGAGCAGACUGAUGCCGACUGUGUUUCUAGCCAUAUUGGCAUCUAAUCAAGCGCACUUACUUCCGCAAUUUUUAGCGUACAUCGAGAGACUGGAUUAUCCUCGAGAGCGCAUCUCAAUUGGUGUUCUUACUGACCACAACAUCGACAACACGUCCGCCAUGCUUCACGAGUGGGUGAUGAACGUGGAGGUGUUGUAUCAUAGUGUAUCGCUGAUAGACACGAAUGACGUAGUGUACAACUCAGAGCCACUGGUGUGGAACGAUGAGAGAUACCUGCACAUCAUGAAUCUACGAGAACGAUCCUUGAACGAGGCAAGACGUCAAUGGGCGGACUUCAUAUUGUUUGUUGAUUGUGACAAUUUUCUUGUCAACCCUCGGACGUUGAGAAAUCUCGUAGCGCAGAACAAGUCGCUGAUUGCUCCGAUGCUAACCGUACACAAGGACAGUAUGUACUCGAAUUUUUGGUGCGGAACGGACGAACAUGGGUACUACAAACGGACAUCCUCGUAUGUACCGACACUGAACCGCGAGAGGAGAGGCUGCUUUCCCGUUCCAAUGAUCUAUGGGACCAUAUUGAUAGAUCUCAGACGGCAAGGGUCGACACGUUUGUCAUAUAAGGAACAACCACUGAACUAUGGCGGACCAAACGAUGACAUGCUUUUGUUUGCGGCAUCCGUGAAAGCAGCAGAUCUCCAGAUGUAUAUCUUGAACGACGAGGUCUAUGGUCAUCUGAUGCCGACUGCGAGUCAAUAUUCAUCAGUCGACCACUUGAAGGUGUACUACAGCGAUUACAAGAUGACAACACUCUUGAAUGCCGGUGACAUUCCGUACACCGACAACGUGUACCGACCAACCCGUCCAACUGACAACUUGGGCUUCGAUAGGGUGUAUAUGAUUAACUUGAAACGGCAAGCAGAGAGACGGAAACGGAUGUUGUCGGCACUGAAUGAACUGAAUUUUGAGUAUACAGUCGUCGAUGCGGUCGAUGGAAAGAGUCUGACGAAUGAAGACUUAAGUAGCUUGAAAAUAAAACCUCUUCCGGGUUAUUUGGACCCGAUCGUUAAGCGGAAGAUCACUCUUGGUGAGAUUGGCUGCUUCUUGAGUCACUACAACUUGUGGAAAGAGGUUGAUGAACUGGAGCUAAAGCGAGUGAUCAUUUUGGAAGAUGAUCUUGAUUUUGAAGCUGGGUUUAUCAAUUCGUUUCGUUGGCUAAUCACAGAGGCGGAUACAGUCGUACCCGACUGGGAACUAAUUUACCUUGGACGGAAGCUGGUUUAUGGUAAUGAUCAAGAGGAUCAAGUUCCUGGAGCAGACACAUUAGUUAUCCCCAACUAUUCCUACUGGACGUUAGCGUAUACUCUCACACUAGCGGGCGCAAGGAAAUUGCUGGCACAACGACCACUUGAAAAGAUCAUCCCAGUCGAUGAGUAUCUGCCGAUCAUGUUUGACAAGCACGAUAUAGUGGAUGGAGGCGUUCUCUCCUCGUGAUCUUCAAGCGUAUUCAGCCGAGCCUCUUCUCGUUUAUCCAACACAUUAUAUUGGUGAUCCAGGCUACAUCAGCGACACAGAGCACACUCCGAUAUUACACGACGAGUUGUGACGGAGUUGUACGGUACAGUAGGUCUGUCUCUGUCUCGUGAAGGAAAACUAGGAUGUCGUGUUCGCUGUGGUUAAUUAAACUGGAAUCAUUGAUACCAAUAAGUCAUUCCCGACAAAAAUUUUCGGUACUUUUCCAUGUUUGUAUUGUACGGUUGGAGUUGCCGUCCAGCCGUACACAAUUUUCGAAAAUUUGAAUGACUUUGCCUUUGCAAGUCUUAACGAUUAUCGUUGAUCAA